UUGUGUCACUUGACGUUCGCUCCUCCUCCUGCCCUUCAGUACGUAAACAUGGCGGCCUCCGGGAACAGCGGGGAGAAAGCAAGGGUGUUAUUGAAGAGUCUUCCCCGGGUCACAUUUGCAAACCUCAGACCAAAUCCCGGAGCCAGACAAAGAGUAAGAAGAAGAGGCCGUGGAAUACAUGGGGGCAAGAAAAGUGGUCGGGGUCACAAAGGAGAAACUCAGAGAGGAAACCGUCCACGAUUAGGCUUUGAAGGAGGCCAGACUCCUUUUUACCUUGUUAUUCCAAAAUAUGGGUUCAAUGAGGGACACAGUUUUAGACGCCAGUACCAUCCUCUUAGUCUCAACCGUCUUCAGUACCUCAUUGAUUUGGGAAGAGUAGACCCAAAGCAACCCAUUGACCUAACACAAUUGGUCAAUGCCAGAGGAGUUACAGUACAGCCACUCAAGAGGGACUAUGGUGUCCAGCUGGUGGAAGAGGGUGCAGAUAUUUUCUGCGCAAAAGUGAACAUUGAAGUCCAGUGGGCCUCCGAGCUUGCAAUUGCAGCCAUAGAAAAAAAUGGUGGUGUAAUAACAACCAGCUUUUACGAUCCAAGGAGCCUCGAGAAACUUUGCAAACCAAUUCCAUUUUUCAUGCGUGGACAGCCCAUUCCCAAGCGAAUGCUUCCUCGAGAGGACUUGGUAAAGUAUUACACAGAUCCUGCAAAUCGUGGCUACCUGGCAGAUCCGGCAAAAGUUUUAGAAGCCAGGAAACAGCUUGCCAAGAAGUACGGCUACAUUCUUCCUGACAUUACCAAAGAUGAACUAUAUGAGAUGCUUAGUACACGGAAGGAUCCCCGGCAAAUUUUCUUUGGCCUUGCACCUGGUUGGGUGGUAAAUAUGUCUGAGAAGAAGAUCUUGAAACCCACCGAUGAACGAUUGCUUACAUAUUACAGCUCAUGAGAGGGGGCAGCAGUUUUGUGGAAGCUUUAAACAAUUCACUAUUCAAAAACCUAUUUCAUAUGUGAAACUAUUGAAAUAAUUUUGCAUUAUGGCUCUGGUUUAUAUGGCCUGGUUAAGAUUUUUCUUGUAGCAGAGCUACGCAGCACUUCCAGUAAUCUUAAUCCUACUUCUACAUACAUGUUUUUUAUGUACAAUUGUGGUCAGUGGGCAUGAUCAAAUUAAAGUUCAAUAUCUGUUUUCGCUCUUUA